UUUCGGCACUCCGAGCAGCGGCCAGGCUGAGCGGUCUAGAAGCUGACUUAUCGGAUAAAAAAGAAAGUUUCACAUCCUCUUGCCUCGUCGAAUUAAGCGGAGUGUUACAACUACAAAUAUAAAAAAGAAGAAAAUGUCUCGAAGACGACACAGCGACAGCGAUAAUGAGGGGGGUCAGGCACACAAGAGGAGGAGGACCUCGGAGCCCAUUGAGAUCGAAGACCGCCUGGAGUCACUGAUAUGUCGAGUCGGGGAGAAGAGUACGUCGUCCCUGGAGAGCAACUUGGAGGGCCUGGCGGGCGUGUUGGAGGCCGACCUUCCGAACUACAAAAACAAAAUCCUGCGCAUUUUAUGCUCCGUCGCCCGCAUCCUGCCCGAGAAGCUGAGCGUGUACACGACGUUAGUCGGGCUCUUGAACGCCCGGAACUACAACUUUGGGGGCGAGUUCGUGGAGGCGAUGAUCAGACAACUGAAGGAGACGCUGAAAAACAACUUGUACAACGAAGCCGUUUACUUGGUGCGUUUCCUGUCCGACCUUGUCAACUGCCACGUGAUCGCUGCACCGUCAAUGGUGGCCAUGUUUGAAAACUUCAUCAGUGUUACUCAAGAGGAAGAUGUACCUCAGGUCCGGUCCGACUGGUUUGUGUACGUGGUUCUGUGCUGUCUGCCGUGGGUCGGCAAGGAGCUCUACGAGAAGAAGGACAUGGAGAUGGACCGGCUCCUCGGCCAGAUCGAGGCCUACCUCAAGGGUCGAGCGAAGGCGCACGUUGCCAUGCUGCGGGUGUGGACAGCGGAGAAGCCCCACCCACAAGAGGAGUACCUGGACUGCCUCUGGGCUCAGAUCCAGAAGCUGAAGAAAGACCGCUGGCAGGAGCGCCACAUCCUGCGUCCGUACAUCGCCUUCGACAGCGUGCUGUGCGAGGCCCUGCAGCACAACCUGCCCCCCUUCACCCCGCCGGGCCACAUGCCCGGCGCCCAGUACCCCAUGCCCCGGGUCAUCUUCCGCAUGUUCGACUACACCGACGCCCCCGAGGGUCCCGUGAUGCCCGGCAGCCAUUCUGUGGAGAGAUACGUCAUCGAGGAGAACCUGCACUGCAUCAUCCACACUCACUGGAAAGAGAGGAAGACGUGCGCGGCCCAGUUGCUGAGCUACCCCGGGAAGAACAAAAUCCCGCUCAACUAUCACAUCGUGGAGGUGAUCUUCGGAGAACUUUUCCAGCUGCCGACUCCGCCCCACAUCGACGUCAUGUACACCACGCUGCUCAUCGAGCUGUGCAAGCUGCAGCCGGGCUCGCUGCCGCAAGUCCUGGCCCAAGCCACAGAGAUGCUGUACAUGAGGCUGGAAACCAUGAACACCAGCUGCAUCGACCGACUAAUCAACUGGUUUUCUCAUCACUUGAGCAACUUCCAGUUUCGAUGGAGCUGGGAUGACUGGUCUGACUGCCUGACGGUGGAUCUGGAGAAGCCCAAGCCCAAGUUUGUCAAAGAGGUUCUGGAGAAGAGUAUGAGACUCUCGUACCAUCAGCGGAUGGUGGACAUCAUGCCCGCGACCUUCUCGGCGCUCAUCCCGGCCGAACCCCUCUUCAAGUACAAGUACGAGGACGAGAGCGCCGCUUCGUUGCCAGGUUACCCGGCGUCCAUCACCGUGGGAAACGCCAUAAAGAACCGGGCGUCCAACGAGGAGAUCCUGACCAUCCUCAAAGACGUGCCCAACCCCAACCAGGAGGACGACGAUGAUGAGGGCGAGAGCUUCAACCCUCUGAAGAUCGACGUGUUCCUGCAGACGCUGCUCCACCUGGCGGCCAAAUCCUUCAGCCACUCCUUCAGCGCCCUCGGCAAGUUCCACGAGAUCUUGAAGGUCCUGACGGAGUGCGACGAGGGCAAGCUGCACAUCCUGAAGGUGGUGUAUGAGGCGUGGAGGAACCACCCGCAGAUGAUCGCCGUGCUGGUGGACAAGAUGAUCCGGACCCAGAUCGUGGACUGCGCCGCCGUGGCCAACUGGCUGUUCUCCCAGGACAUGGCCCACGAGUUCAGCAGACUCUUCGUUUGGGAGAUUCUGCACUCGACCAUCCGGAAGAUGAACAAACACGUCCAGAAGAUCCAGCAGGAGUUGGAGGAGGCCAAAGACAAGCUGGAGAAGCAGCAGCACAAGAGGCAGAAGGACAGCGGGGACGAGGAGGACAUGGACAAGAACAGCGAGGACGAGGAGGGCCAGCUGGAGGAGCAGAUCGACCGGCUGCAGGAGAAGGUGGAGUCGGCCCAGAGCGAGCAGAAGAACCUCUUCCUCGUCAUCUUCCAGCGUUUCAUCAUGUUGUUGACGGAGCAUCUGGGCCGCUGUGAGACGGGCAUCGUGGACAUCAGCACGCCGUGGUACAAGAACUGCAUCGAGCGGCUGCAGCAGGUCUUCCUCAUGCACCACGUGACCAUCCAGCAGUACAUGGGAACCCUGGAGAACCUGCUGUUCACUGCCGAGCUGGACCUUCACAUCCUGGCCAUGUACCAGCAGUUCUGUGCCCUGCAGCUCUGAGACACACACACACACACACACACUGGCUCAUGUCAUUGGAUGAAAUGUGCAGACCUACACAUUAAUAACUACCAGCUCUUGCAUCAAGAAGAUCCUCAUUUUGGUUCUGUUUGUUUUUUUCCGUCGUGUGUUCGGUGACAUUCGUUUAGUUUGAGGACUUUUCAAAAAGUAGGAAUUCAAAAAGCCUCCAUUAUUUUGCUGGAGUGUUUCCCUUCUUCUUCUGUUGUUUUUAUUUCUGUCCUGGUUCCCCCCCGUUCUGCUCGUUCUCCUAUGAACGGGUCUUUUUAUUUUAAAAACUGUCCAGACGCAGCUGGAGCGACGAUGAUGAUGAUGAUGAUGUUGGGAGGCGGGGCUCGAGAGAGCGCUCUACCUUUUUUUAAUAUUUGUUUUAUGUGGAAUUGGGAAAUAAUUAAAACCUCUCCAGAGUCUUUA